AUUUGGAGGAUACGUCCUCAAGCCUUAUAUUAUUAGAAAGGAAAUAGACAUUGAUGAUGAUGCAUAAAUAUGUACAAUCUUUGUCUUCAAACACCAUAAGUAUUUCAUUUUCAGAACAAAGAAUCAUUUCAUAUUUUGUCACACUUACACUCUGGUACACUUAAUCAUCAAGCCUUAAUCUAGUUUAAUACUGUAUAACGAGUACAAAAAAACAAAAACAAAAAGGUCUCACCUCUUUUGUUUAAAAAAAAGAAGGAAAAAUCUCUGAUAAUUAAGAACCUUAUAAGCUAUUAUUAAAUAGGCUAGCCAGGGCUCGACAAGAACCCCAAAAACCAACAAUCAGGUCUCAUUUUUUUAUCCUCUCUAUUAUCAAGAAUCAGAAGAGAAAAAUGGGUUCUGAAACUCCUCUUAAGCUACCUGCCAUAGACUUCUCAACUGAAAACCUAAAGCCUGGAACUGUGGAAUGGGAAUUAGUGAAAACCCAGGUUCGCAAUGCACUAGAAGAGUAUGGCUGUUUUGAGGCCUUUUUUAGCAGAGUUCAUAAUGACCUUAAAAAGGGUGUUUUUGGUGCAAUUGAAGAGCUCUUUGAGCUACCACUGCAGACCAAAUUGAAAAAUGUUUCUAGGAAACCCUUUCAUGGUUAUGUUGGACAGUAUCCUCAGGCUCCAUUGUACGAGAGUAUGGGCAUUGAGGAUCCCGACACUGUUGAAAAGGUGGAGAGCUUUACUAGUGUCUUAUGGCCUCAAGGAAACCUAACUUUUAGUAAAACUGUACAAUCAUUUUCGGAGCAAGUAUCAAAAUUGGAUAAAGUAGUUCGAAGGAUGAUUGUAGAGAGCCUUGGUCUUGAGAAAUACAUGGAUGAACAUAUGAACUCAACAGAUUACCUUCUCAGGGUGAUGAAGUAUAAGGGUCCUGAAACCAGUGAGGCAAAGCUUGGCCUACAUCCUCAUACUGAUAAAAAUAUUGUUACCAUAUUGUUCCAAAAUCAGGUUGAUGGGUUGGAGGUAAAAACUAAAAAUGGUGAGUGGAUCACAGUGAAACUCUCACCAGACUCUUUUGUCGUCAUGAUUGGAGAUUCUCUUCUCGCUUGGGCAAAUGGCCGAUUGCACUCUCCCUAUCACCGUGUUAUGAUGACCGGAAAUGAAGCGAGGUAUUCUUGUGGAUUGUUUUCGAUCCCGAAAGCUGGGUACAUUGUUAAAGCCCCAGAGGAGCUGAUCGAUGAAGAACAUCCUUUGCUGUUUAAGCCCUUUGAUCAUGUUGAGUUCCUUGGAUUCUACUAUACAGAGGCUGGUCAGAGAGCUCAAUCUGCUCUCAAGGCUUAUUGUGGUGUGUAAAUGGUUUUAGUAACUCCAACUGUCUUGGCCUUUUGUUAUGUUUAAUAAUAAGAAAAUAAGUCUGUUUGUCUUGUGCAUAUAAAUCUGCAAUCCGAAGUCUUGAUUUGGCAUGAUAUUUAUAUAACUAUGUAUACUUUCCUAAGUAGAUAUGAAAUUGAUACAACAAAAUAAGACUGUAAUUUUAAUUUUA